UAUUUGAAAAUUCAUUCAGUUAUAUGCAAUUAAUAAUUUUCAAAAAUCUUAAAUACCUAAACCCAAGUCUGAAAAUUCGCGGUAAUAAUUGUCAGGUACUAUCUAAGAUUCUAAGGUAAGGUAGAAACAAAAGUCAGCACACCUAACUCAACUCAACUAGACUUACCUGCCUUCAAGCAAAAAAACUGCCUUGAGAUUAUUGCUGGGAAUCGGUUGCUCAAGUCCAUCUGAACUCUACUAUGGAAACCAAGGACAACAAGAUGCAGAUGCACCGCCAAGAUGAGUCAUCAUCAUCAUCACCAUCAGCUCCCAAGCUAGUACUCUACUCCUAUUGGCAGAGUUCUUGUGCUUGGCGCAUUCGAUUUGCUCUGAAUCUUAAAGGGCUUUCUUAUGAGUACAGGGCUGUCAAUCUUGACAAAGGAGAGCAAUUUACUCCAGAAUUUGAGAAAUUAAAUCCUCUUCACUAUGUCCCAGUCUUGGUUGAUGGAGAUGUAGUUGUUUCAGACUCGUAUGCGAUUAUACUGCAUUUAGAAGAAAACUAUCCUCAAAAUCCAUUGUUGCCAUCUGAUCCUCAACUUCGAGCCAUCAAUCUUCAGGCUGCGAGUAUCGUGUCAUCCAGUAUACAGCCUCUUCUCAUGAUGACGCACCUGAAAUACGUCGAGGAAAAGUUUGGCCCUGCAGAGCGAGCAGCUUGGGUGCAGAUCCAUAUAGGAAAAGGCUUCUCGGCCCUCGAGAAGCUGCUGAAAGGCCGGGCUGGCACGUAUUCUACGGGAGACACGGCUUAUAUGGCAGAUGUGUUCUUGGCUCCUCAAAUUGCAGUAGCUGCAAACAAGUUUAAUGUUGAUAUGUCCAAAUUCCCAACUUUGGAUGCAAUAUAUAAGUCGUGCAUUGCAAUGCCGGAGUUUGAGGCUUCUUUGCCGGAGAGACAACCUGAUGCCAUCCAUGCCUUAGUUCUUUGAAUUUUUCAUUUCAUUUCAUGUUUUUUCUAAAAAAAAAUUAAUCAUGAAAGAAGGCCAAUAGUUAUAUUUGGUGUGCACUCAAUGAAGCCCUACUUCUAAUAUGAAGAUCUUUUAUCAA